AUGUGUCAACCUAAACUAUUUCACACAACAGAUUCACUUCAAGCGUCGGCUCUUUCCGAGCUUACCCUCUGCUUGCGCUGGCUUCUUUUUCUCAGCCUAUCAUCUAGCAACGGUACCGUUUCGGCUCUAUCAACAGAAGGAACUGCUACACUCUCUUCGUCACAAUUACUAGCCUCACAAGCCCAGUGUACUGACGGUCUCCAGACCUCUGCCGGCCGACUGGCUCGCUUCGUUUGUGCCUCUCUUGCCUACCCAGCAGCCGGUGGCCUGGGACUAAACUAUGCUGGACGCCUCUUGGCUGCAAUCAUUUGGUUGAACUGGGCAUCUCAAAGAAGUAGUCGAAGUUUCUCUGCUUCAAUUCGAUCUAUUCAUUGUAGCAGUGAUCCUUUUCGUCUAGAACAGUUAUCAAUCUCACAGGACAAACUGCCCCCGGAGUGCAACGUACCAUCCUUUUAUGACCUGUAA